GUGGCCGGGCGGCACUGAGCGCAUAGCAGGUUUGGGCGAGCGGGAAUCGGUGGUGGCCAGAGAGCCCUGAGAAUGAGAAGGCUUUGGGACAUUCUGUGAGCCAUUCCAGUAACAUCUCAAAGGCUGGCAGUCCAACCUCCGUUUCUGAUCCUCAUAGCUUCUCUCGAACCUCUAUUACGCCAUCCAAUCAGGACAUCUGCAGUUCCAGUGCAGUAUUUUCUGAAUGUUGUCAUCACAGUCCAGUGCAGUCUGCUGUUGUUUUGAAAAAUCCUCACUGCCAGAAUUCUCUGACCCAGGGGGUCACAGUGACAGUAAUCUGUCAGGACACGUUACAGGCAUCAAAGAGAAACUCCCAUGGGCAGGAUUGGGUCCAUGCGCUCGAGUCUGCUAAAAAUGCAAAAGCCGCCCGAGCUCUUAAAUUCUGCAAGUCCCUCAACGACGUGGACCAGAAGGCACAGAGCACCACAGAGAGCUCUAACUAUGGGGAGCGAACGUGCUCUGAAGGCAAACUGACCCCGACACAGGAGCAGUGUUUAAGGAUUAACAGAUUUAAUCAGAAAGAGAAGAAAUCACACAAUCUCAGACCUUCUUUUAGCAAUUCUAAACACUCUUACAUGCCGUCUCUUUCCCCCACCUACUUGAGCGCUUUGGGAGCAGCCGAGAACCACCACGCGGUGCAUAUACCUCUCCUGGAUGACAAGGUGGACAAUGAGACGUCAGCAAGAAGCAAAAAGCUGCUGCGCUACCUCUUUUCCUUCUCCCACAGCUUGAGUGCCAGCAGCCUGCAUAAAUUCCAUGAACUAGAGAGCUAUCCAAGCCACUUCCAAACUGCAAAAUCCUCCAGCGUGCUGGUGGAAAGCACAGGCUUCUACUCUGAUGACAUGGGGGAUGAUGACGUAUUCGAGGACAGUGCCUCCGUGAGGUUGAAAUCAAAGGAGCUGUGGGCACCACUCUGUUCAGUUGAGAAAGACAGUGACCUAGACUGCCCUUCUCCCCUGUCAGAAAAAUUCCCCCCUCUUUCCCCUGUGUCCACGUCGGGGGAUGCCUGCAGGAUAUGUCACUGUGAAGGAGAUGAGGAAAGCCCCUUGAUUACCCCCUGUCACUGCACAGGAAGUCAUUUUGUGCACCAAGCCUGCCUGCAGCAGUGGAUCAAGAGCUCAGACACCCGAUGUUGUGAACUCUGCAAGUAUGAGUUCAUCAUGGAGACCAAAUUAAAGCCCCUAUGAAAGUGGAGGAAGUUGCAGAUGACAGCCAGUGAGAGGAGGAAGAUCAUGUGCUCUGUAACAUUCCAUAUCAUUGCCAUCACCUGCGUCGUAUGGUCUCUGUAUGUCCUUAUAGACAGGACUGCUGAAGAGAUUAAACAGGGACAGACUACUGCAUGGAGAAAGAUGUCUGGAAGUGGGAAGCUGCCACCUGGCCCUGUUGCUUUUCCCAUCAUAGGGAACACACUGCAGCUCAAUACGAGGAACUUGCCUCAAUCUAUACAGGAGCUCAGUGUGAAGUAUGGCCCGGUUUUCACAAUAUACUUGGGCUCACUGCGGGUUGUGGUGCUGUAUGGACAGGAGGCUGUGAAGGAAGCUCUGAUUGAUCAAGCGGAUGAGUUCAGUGGAAGAGGAAAACUGGCACUGGCUGACAAGGUUAUCAAAGGAGGAGGCAUUAUUUUCAGCAAUGGGGAACGGUGGAAGCAGCUUCGCCGAUUUGCCCUCACCACCUUGAGAAACUUUGGGAUGGGGAAGAAAAGCGUUGAGGAACGAAUCCAAGAGGAAGCCCGUUUUCUGGUUGCAAGGCUCAGAAACACACACGAGCGACCCUUUGACCCCACCAUCCCUCUCACCCAUGCUGUCUCCAACAUCAUCUGUUCCAUUGUCUUUGGGGACCGGUUUGACUAUGAAGAUCAGAAGUUUCUGACAAUAAUUAAUCUCACACAGGAAAACAAUGAACUCCUUCGCUCUCUCCUGGGACAGCUGUACAAUUUUUUCCCAACUCUCAUGGAUUAUAUCCCUGGGCCUCACCAGCUGUUAAUUAAAAAUGCGGAGGAAUUUGAAAGGUUUGUUCUGGAGAGGGUGAAGAUGCACAAAGAGUCUCUGGAUCUUAGCUGCCCUCGAGACUUCAUUGAUGCUUUCCUCAUCAAAAUGGAACAGGAACGUCAAAACAACCAGUCGGAAUUUAACACUGAUAACUUGGUAAGAAGCACAUUGGAUUUAUUCUUUGCUGGAACGGGAACAUCCAGCACCACCCUGACAUAUGCGCUCCUGAUUCUUCUGAAAUACCCAGAAAUAGAAGAGAAAGUUCAUGAAGAGAUUGACCGUGUGGUUGGCCGAAACCGAAGCCCCUGCAUGGCGGACCGAAGCCAGAUGCCCUACACAGAUGCUGUGAUACACGAGGUGCAGAGAACUGCUAACAUUGUCCCGAUGGGUGUCCCACAUGCAGUGACGAGAGACACUCAUUUCAGAGAAUAUAUUAUCCCCAAGGGCACCACUAUAUUCCCUGUUCUGCAAUCGGUCCUACAUGACGGCAGAGAAUUUCCAAAGCCAGAGCAAUUUAACCCAGGACAUUUCUUGGAUGAAAAUGGUGCCUUUAGGAAGAGUGACUUCUUCAUUCCUUUUUCUGCAGGGAAGCGGAUUUGUGUGGGAGAGGGUCUGGCUCGGAUGGAGAUAUUUUUGAUACUGACAACAAUUUUGCAGAAUUUUACCUUGAAGCCUCUCGUUGACCCCAAGGACAUUGAUAUAACUCUAGUGACGAGUUUUGUAUCAAAUACACCAAAACCAUACCAGCUCUGUGUUUUGCCUCGAUAAAGACCAUGAAAAGCCACGACAGUGUGCUAGAGUAGUGCAUGAAUUUUGUUGUCUCAGGUCCUGGAUUCAUUAAUACAGAAAUUAACUCACUGUUUUGUAACAGAGACAGAUAAAUAACCCGAUUUUGUAAACAA